AGACGCACCUCCUUCAAAUAUCCUCGAACAGUGGAAGACGCUUCAACGGAAAGGAAAAACUACGAGAAUUAAGGUUACCGCUGAAGCAUCCUUAUAGCGCCAGCCUUGGCCUCUUCUUCGGUUCAGCGGGGAAAAGGGCCCAGGGAAGAUGCGCCCAGGGAUGCGACGCGGUAGCUCUCUAAAGUAGCUCGAACCCUUGGGAUUGGACAACAUCAAGACGAGGACAGAAGCUUCAUUUCAUCCGGCGCCUCUAAUUCCAUCUCUUCUAGUAGGAUAUUGCAACGGUAUAAGAAAAGCGUGGUGGAUCGAGACGAAGCACGUCGAGAGAUCUUCAGGCAGGCUAACAGCAUAAUAGAGGAGUAUUUUUCUAGAGAUGGCGAGGAUGUUGACCACAUUGCAGAGGUAGAUCAUCAUCUUCAUUAUAGUAGAGAUGGAGGUGUUGUACCCGAAAAAUACGAAGAUGGGUCUAGUGCCUCUACUGCUACUACCAGUAAGCGUAGUACUGCGCUUUCCCCUAGAGACCAUGUGGAGAUUUGCGACCGCGCUCUCCGCCAAGUUUCUAUCAUUCUGUCUCAGCAACCAAUUGAGACCGAUCCAGAUUUUGACCCCUAUGCCGAUGUACAUCAAGAAUUGCUGCUGCACGUGCCACGACUGGUCGAGUUUAUAAAGUGCUAUGCACGUUUCCUACAGCAACAGGGACGAUUAACUGACUACCUGAGAUCUGGAAUUGCUGCUGGCACUAGUGAUAAAAAAGCCCGAACCGCCUGUCCACUAUCGCAAAC